AUGGCUGGUGGAGAAGAGGAAUCAAUUGAAGCUGCAGCUUUGGCACGCAGAGAGAGGCUGAGAGCACUUAAAGCUGCUCAGGAACUCCUCAACACACCCGAUGAAAAUGCGGGACAUGGUAACAAUCAGAGACCGCGAGAGCAGCUGGAGCAUGAAAAAGAUGAAGAUGAUAAUGAAGAUGACAAUGACGAAGAAAAGGCCAAUGUAACUGUGAAAUUCCGAAAUUAUCUUCCUCAUGACAAGCAACUUCAAGAGGGUAAAGUUGCACCGCCUGUGUUACCUAAAUUUGAAGACCCUGCUAUGGCAGCUCUUCCUCCAGAGGAGAAGAAAAAAGAGGAUCCAUUUUUAAAUAUAGCACCAAAGAAACCAAACUGGGACCUGAGAAGGGAUGUGCAAAAGAAGCUCGACAAGCUUGAAAGACGCACUCAAAAGGCGAUGUUACUACUCGUAGAGCAGGAAGCCAACAGAAGAUCUAGAGAAGAUGGAGAAAAUGAUGAAGACUGA